CUUCGAGUGAUUUGGUAACAAACACGGUGUUGUUUAUUAAUGCCAUGACGUUAGUAAGCAGUAGCGAUCUGAAUCACAAAAACAAUGAACGUUCUCCACGUAAUCGUUACUGUGGCAUUAUUAACCAGAAGAAAAUGCGUGAGUGUGAUACGUGAUUUUGCUACCUGCCAUGACGAUUUCAGUCUUAAACCAGCCGACGGAGUGCUUAAAGAACACACUUUCACAUGGUUAGGUUUCGUGCAGUAUAUCCAUGUAACAACGGGUCUGCCUCACCACAGCAAGGCGCCGAGGGUGGUUCUGAUACAGAAGCAAUUCGCACUCGCCACCGCCACUGAUAUGCUCCAUUUGCCCAAAAAUUAUAAACUUGGUCAUGUAGUUUUUGGUGACUACGAGCGAGACGAAGAAGACUGUGGACUUACGAAACAGCAGUUGAAACUGGGUGUUAAUUGCGCCAGAGCUUAUAUAGAGAUGCCGAUAAUCGACAUAACACCACAUCCAGAGUUUUCCAGGUUCGGAGUUGGAAACAGUUUGGCAUUAGUCAAAUUUCUUCGACCUAUGAAAUCACAAUACAUGUUGCCUGUGUGUCUACCUUCAGUAACGGAACGUAUGAAGAAGCGAAGAAACAAAAUAGUAUACAUGAUUGAUUACAUUAGUACUGUGCCGAGAGAUUUUGAUACGGAGAAAAUGGGAAAAAAAACUUUUAAGUUGUAUACCCACAAAGACUGCAGAAGACAUCGUAUGAAAUCGAGGUUAGGAAGUGAAGGCGUGACCCAUGUCUUAUGCAGCUCAGGUUGCGGGGUCCGGCCUGGCUCGCCCAUCAUAAGUCACUCCUCCGAAGGCACGUUCGAAGUGAUCGGACUGACAGCAGGCGGCGCCGCCUGCUCCCGUCGCUCCAUGCGUCACAGGCUGAACACGGAGCCACCACUCUACAUAGACGUCUACCCUUACGUCACUUGGAUUAUCAACGUCAUCACCGCACACAUGCUGCCACGGCCCUAUUCACAUAACUUCAAAUUAGUCGAUGGUGGACCAAGCAUGGCAGUCAACGGAGGUAAUUACUUGAGAGCCAGGAAACUCCAAAAGGCUGGAUGGAAAGCUCGUACCUACGUGAGUGGCAAUUAUUGCUUCAAAAGCGGUAAAGCUCAAAGACACACAGCGUUCUUUUAUUCCGAGCAGUUUGAAGUCAAAGCUAAUCCACCUGCAAAACUGAACAUCUUUAUGAAGAUAUCGGCUGGCAUCGAAUGUACAAUUACUUGCGCAAGAGUGCUCUUACCAAACAGAUUAUCCACCCCAGAUAUUCACGGUGUUGGAGGUUAUAACAUUUCCGUUGAAUUUGACACCGAGUGGUUCCCUUACGCGUUCUAUUUCUCACUGGGUCUCUCAGGCAAGAACACCACCGAAAAAGACUUUAACAAAUGGAUCGAGGAGAGAAAACCUGGUUUUUGGAAGAAAUAAAGUCAUUGGCACAAAUACGAGUACUUAUUUAAUCGGUCGAAGUAAAUAAUAAUUAAAUAAUUAGUUUCAAUGAAGUUUUGGUUGCAUAUUUUUUAUAUUUACAUCUAUACUAUUAUAUAAAGAGAGAAAAGGAUACACUGACAGACUGACUCAUCAACGCACAGCCGGAACGGCUAGACCUAGAAAGAUGAAAUUUGGACAGUAGGUUCCUAUUAUAGCCUAGACAAGUAAUAAGAUGGGAUUUUUUUUAAUUUAGUCUCUUAAGCGUGAAAUUUGCAAAAACUUUUGUUCGUAAAAUCUUAUCCCUUGGACCUAUUCACUGCAAAUUUUAUAUAAACAUUAUUGAUUAGAUGAACACUAAGCCAGUUGCAUAAAAUUUUUACAACUAUCCUCAAAAAUUACAAAAUUUCGUUUCCAAGUUUGAAUGGGAGAUCAUCUAAAAGUCUAUAAGAUUGAUUAAAAUUUUGCACAACUACUCUGUAUAAAAUAAAAUGCUAUCUGUGUUUUCAUUACAACAAAGAUAUAGCAUGUUGAAGUUUUAAAUAGUGUGUCAACGCACGCCAGCACUUUUGGUCGUAGAGACAUGAUAUUUAGUAAAUAGGUUGUUUAAAUGACGUAGGCAUCAAGCGAGAAAGGAUUUUUGAAUAUUGCACAGUGAAUUGAUUGGUGAUAUAGGGGUACAAAGUUUGUAUAGGAAAACGAGUUUGGCUAGCUCUACAGCUUUGAAACUUGGUUUAGAUAAACUAAACUGUGUGUGUGUAUUCGUGUUUCAUAUUUUUUUAAAAUUUAAUCUCUACGAGGGGAAAUAAGGAUGGCAAGUUAUCUUUAAAAUAUAUUCAGCAAAGCUCUAAUAUAUUACUACUAGUUGCGCCCCGCACGGGAAUGAGACUACGGGUGCCAAAUCCUGUUUCUUAAACCACUUAACUGAUUUUCAAAACAAAAUCUUCAAUUAUUAUAGCUAUUAACGGGAUUGUUACCAUGUAUCUUGUUUUUUAUGAGUCUCCGAUAUUUCGGAUUUUAUAUUUAAAACAAAAUCUUCAAUGUUUGAAACUGUAGAAGGAUACUUACAACUUUUGUUCUGUUAAUUCCACAGACACAGGAUCUCCAAGGGUAAUAGUAUUUAAUACACCCGGGUGAAGCCGGGACGGGUCGCUAGUAACUUAAUAAUUGAGGCAUUGCAGCAGCUUUAUGGUUAUAUUGUGUUCCUUAAAGUUAAGUCCAGACGAAGUGAAAUAUCACAUUUUAUACGUGUCUACAGCUAUGAGAUUUUGUUUUUAUUUACAGUUUGAAGACUAGAAAUGCAAGGAAUGUCAAAGAACUUUAAAGUUAAAUGUAUUGGGAUAGGGUACAAUGACACUUAAGUUAUCGGAAUAAAUUACUUUUAGCAAUAGAUCACUGCGAGAAAUUACAGACUUGAUUGAUAUAUAAUUCUAUAAAUAUACACGCUUAAUAUUAUUGUCUACUUAAAUUCACAAGGUUUUAUGUUACUCAUAGAAUCUUUUCUUAAUUUUAACUUAUGCUGAUUCGACAGAUAUUGUGUCUUCAUCGUUUAAGCCUUGAUCUUGGUUCGAGGCACCUGGAAAGCUUGAUGGUGGGGAAGGUGAUGGUCCAGGGAAUUGCGGAAAUUGAGGGCUGGAAGGAAGCUGUGGGAAACCGGGUAAAGAACCUUGAGGGUAUUGAGGGGUUUGUGGGAAAGAGGGAGAACCUCCUCCUAUUUGGGGUAUUUGAGGGAAAUUUGGGAACGAUGGUGGUGAUGGUUGGGGUGCAGAAGGUUGUGAUGCUGGGGCUUCAACGGCGGGUUGAGAGUCUUGCUGUUGCCCUUGUUGUUGUUGAGGGUAUUCUGCGGAAUCGACAACGGCACUGUCGGAGUCACUUGCUGGACUUUCUGGAGCACUCGGUGAUGCUGGUCCACUAGGGUUUCCAGAUGGGAUUCCAGCGGGAAUGCCAGACGGGUAGCUUGGUAGACUUCCGAUUGGAAGCUCAGGAGCGAGUGGACUCAGUGAUGGAUACAGGACACUGCUCGAUGGGAAGUAAGAUGCACUGGUGAUUGGAUAGUAAGCUUGCUGAACAGGAGUAAAGCUGCUCACUUGUGGUAUUCCGAACGCAAAAUUGGGGUGGUAUCCGAAUGAGUACGGCACUGGUA